CAUCCAUCACGAUCAAUAAACUUGCGGGGCACCCCUCUUCAUCCUGGUUUGCAAUCACGAGCAAAGAUUGUCGUUAUGGGUAAAAGGAAAGUGGAGAAAUGGGAGUGCUCCUCAGAUUCCGACUCGAGCGAAGACGAAAUCGAAUUUCCAGAUCCGACCGAUGACCACGAACGCUUUUCUUCCGGGCAUCAACGAAAGCGACGAUGGGCUGGCGGGGACACAAAAGAGAGGGCUGCCUUAGGCAUUUUUGGGAGUGAUGGCGAAGAUGAAGGUGCACGAGGCGGUAAGGGAUGGAGUAGUAAAGGGUUGAGGAAUAAGGGGAUGGGGUUCGUUAAGUCUAGCGAGAUUGUUGGUGGAGAGGAUGAUGAGGACAGCGAGGGCGACGAGGACGAUGAGGACGAAUACACCGGAGCUGUCAGGAUGGCGCAAAAGGUGGAAGAGGAAAUUGAAGGCGACGAUAGGACGGUUGGUGGCCUGGGAUCAGUUUCGGAUGCUACUGCUGGGUUUGCUGGGCUUGGUAGCUGGAGUAGUAAAGGCGAUGAGGAGGAGUCAGAUACAGGGCCUCGCCUUGGUCUAGGAAGGAAGCCCUUAAGCUCCAGAAAGUUCACUCGCGCAGGCUUGGGAGCAGGGUCUCAGAACAAUUCCGGAACAUCUACCCCACGGUCGUUGGAUGCGCAUGUAGGAUUGGGGUUCAAAGCUUCGGCAAUAUCACGAAUGGGUCCUACUGAGUCGCCGCCACCCGAAUCGCCGACAGGGCAGCAGUACUCAACGCCGCUGGGACGAGGGUUCGUUUCAUCUUUCACUGCUGCCUCUGUGGGAAUGCCUUCGUUAGAUCCCGAAUUUCCAGUAUCGCAAUCUGAGAACAUAGUCCCUCGACCCUCCUUCUUUACCUCUGAACCUUCACGGGGAAAGGGAGGAGGUCGUGCAAACGACACCUCGCAGCCGAAAGCCAACCCUGAAAGUUUCGCCGCGAGGAUGAUGGCAAAGAUGGGUUAUGUUGAAGGUCAGGGUCUUGGGAAGAAGGGGGAGGGUAUAUUGGCUCCUAUAGAGGUUAAGCUUCGACCACAAGGUGUAGGUGUGGGGGCAAUUAGGGAAAAGACCGAUCAAGCAAGAAAGGAGGCCAAGCGAGCUGCUGCGUUGAGAGGAGAGGUCAUUUCUGAUAGCGAAGAUGAGGAAAGGAAAAAAAAGGCAAAGAGAAAGGCAGGAAGCGGUUCAAUGGGCAGUACGCCUGGUGGAACUCCUCUCAGGGCUAGAAAGGAGAGAACAAAGUUCAGAACUGUAGAGGAGAUAUCGGCUGCUGCAAAAGGGUUGGACGUGCCGUCAGUUCUAAAAAAUAUAAUCGACUUUACUGGGAAAGAGAGGAAAUUGUUGACAUCUAGCUCUGGGGUCAUGUCUAAAGAUCCUUCUGUUGAAGACGAAUCGUUUAAGAUUGCUAGAAUGGCUCGAAAGGAUCUCGAGAGUUUUGCAGGGGAAUGGGCGAGCCUGCAAGACCGGAAGACCUAUAUUAAUAAAGAGGAGAGAAGGUUGAAUUUGGAGAUGGAUGAGGAAACAAAGCAGAUCGGAAGAUUAAAGGACAUGGUGGAUAUGGCGAAGAGUCUUCAGAGCCUCACUUUGAAUAUCGAAGACCCAAAGGCUUCUAUCGAAGCAAUCGUAACGCAGCUAGAGGUACUGCAACUUGAGUACCAGAACGAGAUAGAAGACCACGACUUGACCGGAGUAGCAGUCGCGGCACUGCACCCACUUUUCAAACGGGAGCUUUCCAGGUGGUCCCCUCUUAAAGAUCCGUUCCUGUUAUUUGAGAGCUUCCGCAGGCUUCGUCGUAUACUCCAUAUACGAUCAAAGGAAGACGUCGAAGCAGAGUACGCUAAAAAAGGUUUCGUAGAGCGAAGCAAGUCUACAACUCAUUAUGAGAGUAUGAUGUUUUCUCUCUGGCUUCCGAAAGUGCGAUCAGCUAUCAACAACGAUUGGAAUGUACAUAAACCUGCACCAGUACUAAAAGUAUUGGAUGUUUGGACUUCUCUUCUUCCAUCUUUUAUUCAUGCCAACAUCCUCGACCAACUGGUGUUACCCAAACUCCGUGCGGCAGUUGCCGAUUGGAACCCCCGCGUGAGCAAAGGGAAUAAGGCUCGCCAGCCUCCCCAUCUAUGGGUCUUUCAGUGGCUGCCACAUUUGGGUCCUCAUAUGGAUGAUCUCCUCCGUGAGGUCAGGAGGGGAUUCGGGAUCGUUCUGGAUACUUGGGAUGUUUCCAGGGGGACAGUCGAAGGUUUAGAAGCAUGGAAAGAAGUCUUCGGUCCUAGUCAGCUCGAGGAUUUGCUAAUCCGCCACCUACUACCCCGACUUGCGUUAAGAUUGAGAGACGAUUUCGACGUCAAUCCCGGAGACCAGGUCCUCGAACCCUUGGAGGACGUUUUCAAGUGGAUUCCUUUCUUCAGAAUCUCCACUUUCGCCCAACUCGUCGAAGCCGAAUUUUUCCCCAAGUGGCUGAAUGUAUUAUACCAGUGGCUGACUGCCGAGCCCAUUUUCACGGAAAUUCAGGAGUGGUAUAUGUUCUGGCAGGAUGUCUUCCCGGAGGGACUGAGAAGCGCUCCCGCGAUCAGAAGUGGCUUCAAGAAGGGUCUCGAUAUGAUGAACAACGCUUUGGACUUGGGCCAAGAUGCCCCCAUCAAACUUGCGCCCCCUCCUGUGGAACCCCUACGACCGACAAAACCGGAGGCCAUUGCACCAAAGUCUGUACCUGUCAAAGCGAACAACACCCCUGUACCGGUCGGAGCGACCUUUAGAGACGCGGUGGAGGACUGGUGCGCUGAUCACAAUCUUCUCCUUAUCCCCUUACGUAAAGCCCAUGAAGCAAGCGGCAGACCUAUGUUCAGAAUGACAGCAAGCGCCAGCGGGAGCGGAGGCUCGGUGGUGUACUUUCAAGGGGACGUGGUGUGGGCACAGGAUAAAAAGAAUAGGGAGCUAUGGGAGCCAUUGGGACUAGAGGAGUUGUUGGAGAGGAUAGAAGGGAGUAUGAGGUAA